AUGUUCCUAAAUAUACAAUUUGUGACGGCAAUUCAGGACUGUAACUUAUUCAUAGAAAACAGAGCGUGGACAUCACAAGGUCCAAUUUUGUUAAAAAAAAGAGAAGUUACAGAAGGUGAAGAUCCUGCAGAAGGGCAGGAAGAAAAAACCGAAAGGAGGGAAGAAGGCAACGAGGGUGAGGACGAGAAUUCUGAAAAUGGUGAGAAUAGGGAAAACUCGGAAGAUAGUGAAAAAUUUGAAACAAAAAGGAACGUAAUGAGGAAACGGGUGAACGUCAAG